ACUCGGCCGAGACCUUUCUCGCGCUGCUCCACUGACCUGGCUCGCGGCUAGCUGGGACUUUUCUGGCGCCGCCCAGCUAUGGCGCGGAAGUCGAAUGUGCUUUUGCUUCUCUUGCCGUUCCUGCUUGGCUUCCCCCUGGCGCAGGGCUCCAGCCGCCUACCCCUGGUCCUCAACACUUGGUCUUUUAAGAAUGCUACGGAGGCAGCGUGGCAGACAUUAGCAUCUGGAGGGUCUGCUGUGGAUGCAGUUGAGAAUGGCUGUGCUGUCUGUGAGACAGAGCAAUGUGAUGGCUCUGUAGGCUUUGGAGGAAACCCUGAUGAACUUGGGGAGACCACCCUGGACGCCAUGAUCAUGGAUGGCACCGCCAUGGAUGUGGGAGCAGUGGGCGACCUCAGGAGAAUUAAAAACGCCAUCGGAGUGGCACGGAAAAUCCUGGAGCACACAACACACUCGCUUUUAGUAGGGGAGUCAGCCACCAAGUUUGCUGAAAGUAUGGGGUUUACCAGUGAGGAUUUGUCUACCAACACCUCGAAAGCUCUUCAUUCAAACUGGCUUGCUCAGAAUUGCCAGCCAAAUUAUUGGAGAAAAGUUAUACCAGAUCCUUCAAAAUACUGUGGACCCUAUAAACCACCUGAUGUCUUGAAGCAGGGUACUUCUGCCUACAAAGAAGUGGAUAUCCAUGGUCAUGAUACUAUUGGCAUGGUUGUAAUCGAUAAGCUGAGACAUACUGCUGCAGGCACAUCCACAAAUGGUUUAAAAUUCAAAAUACCUGGUCGUGUAGGAGAUUCACCAAUACCUGGAUCUGGGGCCUACGCUGAUGACAUGGCUGGGGCAGCUGCAGCCACAGGGGAUGGUGACAUACUACUGCGCUUUCUGCCAAGCUACCAAGCUGUAGAAUAUAUGAGAAAAGGAGACGACCCAACCAUAGCUUGCCAAAAAGUGAUUUCAAGAAUGAAGAAGUAUUUUCCAGAAUUCUUUGGGGCUGUUAUAUGUGCCAAUGUGACUGGAAGUUAUGGUGCUGCUUGCAACAAACUUCCAACAUUUACCCAAUUUAGUUUCAUGGUUUAUAAUUCUCUACAAAAUCAGCCAACUACAGAAAAAGUAGACUGCAUCUAAUCUACCUUGCCUGUUAGCAUGUGUAUCUUGAGAGGAGAGAAACUAAGGCCGGGAAAGUUGCUGAUUGACAUCAUGUAGUGGUCUUCAUGUAUUUCAAGUUCCUGUGUAAGUUAGCUACAAAAAUAAAUUAUGCUGCAGUGACAUUUCUGUAUCUACAUUUGUAUUUAAUUAUUUUUGUUUAAGGUCUGUUUCCCACUGGAGAAUGAAUAUGCAUGAAUAUAUGUUGUAUAUUUUUAAGCUUUAAAUGAUACUUGAAUUUCUAAUCAGUGUGGCAAGAAAUGUCUACACUUGGGAUAUGUUUUCACAAUCCCACUGUAAAUACAGUAUGUGUAUUUGAGUACUCAGAGUAUUCAAGCAUGCCAGGUCCUGGGGACAUAAUAACACUACUUUAGCAGAGUCAACCUAACUGAAUCUCUGAAGUUACAGUGAUGUCCCUUACCACUGACCAUUAGGUGGUAAGCUCAAAGUAGGAGUAGUGCUGUUCAAAUAUAUGACUUUUGUUAUUUAUAUUUAUAUGAUGAGCAUUAUUUGGUUUUCUUUGGAUUUCUCUUUGAUGGAACAUUCAGUAGAUGAAAGUUAUUAAUCCAUUGAUAUCACUGAUCUUUGGGCAAUUAAUAUUCAUUAUUGAUCAUUUCUUUUGAAAAUCACUUAGGGAAUUCUUUUGUGUAAUUUUACUAAUCUCUUGUGCUGAGGUAGGGGUUGCAGUUAGAAAAUGUCAGUAAUUGUGCUGUCUAGCUUGGCAUUUCUUCUGAAUUUCCAUAUCAAAUAUCUAUGAAUGACAAUUACAGAGACAUUGAAUGUCUUAAUUUCUCAAGAUUAUUAUUUACUCCAAAAUCACCAUUGCUGUAGUCUGUAGGCAUUAAUAAGAUGUAUUGUAUUGUUGUCAAACCUUACUACUGUUUUGUUUUUAAUAUACACAGCUUGAUAUUUACUAUUUGUUACCUCUAGAGAAUAUUUCAUAUUAUUUAUUCUCCUACCAUCUUGCCUACCACAAUUAUUUAGGAAGCCAUGUUCAAAAUAGCCUCUACCAGCACAGAAUUUGGUGGGCUUAAAUUUGAACCCAGUUUAUAAGAAUGUUUCAACUACAUUUUAGCCCAGUUUAGUAACAAUACUUUCAUAAAGGAAGUGUUUGAUGUCAGAAAAGGGAAAAACCUAGAUUAUUUCCCCCACAGGAUUCAGGUGAACGCUACUCAAGUGUUUUAUAUGUCCAAUAUAGUACUAACUGCUAACCUCAGUCUGUCAUAAAAGUUUUGAUAAGUUACAUUUUAUUUAUUUGCAUUGACUCAUGCUGGGAUAAUUUUUAUAUUAUUUCACUAAUGACUUCUUACAGGUCGAUUCUUCUAUCUGCUAGCCACAGUUUGACUUAGUCCCUAUGAGUCCUGUCCACAGAAUGUUAGCAGUCCCACUUCCCCUGUAAGUUGUGGUUUUACUCCUGUACCCUCUGAUUUGCUGCAAGGGAGUUCUGGUUCUGGCAAUGAGUUUUAAGUGAACUUGCAAUGGGAGACCUUCCCAGAUCCUUUUGUAUUUUGUCAAGCAUGACAGCAUACUGAUUGCUGCUCUCAACUACCUGUGUCCUUGAAAACCAUAAUGAAUAGACAUCCGUGACGGUACCCAGGGAACAUAAAUUAUGGUCCAGUACAGACUAUCCUGACUAAGACAUAAAACACACCAAUCAGUUAAGGAAUUUUGUGGACAUUACUAAAAUAAUGAGACUAUUCAAAGCCUCAAAAUGAUUUUUUUCCUGGUUAGACAAAGAUACCUAAGAAAGUGUUGAUUAAAAAAAUGAUUUAAAAAAUGUUUUUAAAUUAUUGGAGCAGUUGCAGAUGUUUUCCUAAGGGAUAUUUCAUUAAAAAAAGAAGAAGAAAAAGAAGCCUGUAUUCAGUGAUUCCUCACCAUGUGGCAAAAACGAAACAUUCACACCUGCAUGGUACUGUGUUCAAGGGUGUUUCUAUAGCAAAAUUCUUACAAGACUAAGAUGUCUCCCUCCUUCGAGAGGGCAUAUUUGUUUGUGUCUGCUACCACAUUGUUUCUCUGCGAAACAAACAACAGGUGGGUUUGUUUGCAGCCCCUAAUAAAAGAUUGAGAUUUCCUAAAA